AUGCCACCGCGCGCCUUUGUCAACGACGCGCUGUGGCGAUGUCUCUGCCCUGGCUUCCCUCCGAAGGCCCUGGCCCCCAAAGCCGCGCGCAUCGGCGGCUCCACGAUUGUAAGCCCACGGCCCCAGCGUAGCACGCGCGCACCGCAGUGCCAGAAGCGCCCGUACAGCGCCGCAGCCAGCGCGCCCUCUGCAUCGCCCUUCUUCACACAACCCCACGCCCCGCCGCCCACCUCGCGCGACCAAUACGCCCCCCGCGUGCCGCGCAGCGCCCGCGAGAAGACGCCGCUCGUGCAGCUGCCCACGCACGUCCUGUACGAGAGCCUGCGCCAUGAAGGCUUCAAAGGCCACUUCGACGAGGUCAUGAGGAUCUGCAACGUCCUGGUCAAGGACCGGGGGCAGCGGCCCGACAAGGACAUGUACGCCGCGAUCCUGCACAGCUUCACCAGCAGCGUCGACGGCACCGCGGGCAAGGUGCGCAAGGUGCUCGAGGACAUGGGCUUCUGGGCCGACUCGACGUCAGAGGGAGGGGUGGCGGAGAAGGUGGAGCUGGACGCCAGGGGGUGUGAGAAUGUGCUGGAGGCGCUCGCGGUGCACCCAGACUACCUCCUGCGAGCAGAAGUGCUCGAGUACAUGAAAGAGCGCUGGUUCACGUUGUCUGACCGCGGUCACAACUUCGUCGUCGCGGGGCUGCUGAGGGACCGCUUGUUCGAGCAGGCGCUGGAGAUGCUUGAGGACAUGUGCGCCAAGCAGGUCAGGGUGGAGGAGUGGGUGUUCAGCGAGGCCAUGUGGCUGUUACUGGAGUUUGGCGAAAUCGAGGAGGCCUUUUACGUCCUCGGCCUGAAGGAGAGCGCAACGAGCACAAACACGGCAGGCGCUGCGGCAGGCGUCAAGCUGAGCAACGCGCUGUGGGGCGCCAUGUUGGAUGCCGCCGCCAAGCAUCACCUGCACGACGCCGCACGCCUGGUGUGGACCGCACAAGUCCAGCCCGGCUUCCUCAAGCCCCCCACCGGCACUUGUCUCUCGGUCCUCUCCCUCGCCUCACGCCACGGUGACGUCCAGCUCGCAACCGACGUCUUCCGCCUCCUCACCGAGCGCGAGACCGUCUUCACCACGCACCACUACGAGCUCCUCAUCGCCGCCUACCUCAAAGCCAAUGCCCUCUCCGACGCCCUCUCCGUCAUCCUCAUCAUGACCGACGCCAACCUCAAAGUCGACGCCGGCACAUGCCACCCACUGUAUUGGUACUUGCGCAACGCCCCUCCAUCCGCACCCACCACGCGCUCCGACGGCACCGAAGAAACCGCAACUCUCCCCCUCCAUGCCUUCACUCUCCUUCAGGACUUCGAAGCCCAGGGCCGCAAAGUCCCCACGGCCGCUGUCAACUGCUGCAUCGCAGCCUCCACGGCCCUGAACGCCCUCCCAGACGCCCUCGAAAUGUACAAAGCGCUUCACACCGUCUGCCCCUCAGGCCCUAACACGGAAACCUUCAACCUCCUCUUCCGCGGGUGCUCGCAGUCGGGCCGCAAAGACGUGGCCAUGUACCUCGCAUCCGAGAUGAUCAGCCUGAACCUGCAGCCCGACCGCAUCACGUACGACCGCCUGAUUCUCGUGUGCGAGCAGGGCGACGACCUCGACGACGCGCUGGCCUACUUCGAGGAGAUGCGCAACGCGCGUCUCAGGCCGAGGCGCGGCACGUACGAACGGCUCAUCGACCGCCUCGUCGAGCGCGGCGACGAGCGCUGCGUCGCUGUGCUGCGCGACUACAAAGCGAGCGGUGAGGCAGUCAGCAAGGGCGCUGAACGUAGGGUCAGGGAGCGGUUCCAGCUUAAAGACGAGGAUUAA